CAAAGAAGCGUUCGACCCAAUGCUUUAUUUCUGUCCUAGUUGAUCCCGAUUCGACAUUAGAAGUAUAUUGAUUUUUACCCAAUAACCGAAUACUUUUGUCUGUAAAUACUGCAUAUUUGAUUCCAUUCAUAAAUCUAUUUUCUUCCCUAUGAGUUUUAGUCUCAAUAAGAAUGCUAGUUCUUACUGUUCAUAUGUUAUGAUAUGAAUAUACCACACUAAUUCGUUAUGUAUGGAUGAUGAGAUUCCAUUGAUACAGAGCCAAUUCCAAUAGACUUAUUGGAGGGUCCCAUUGGCGUGCAUCCAGUAGGAAUUGAACCUACGAAUUCGCCAAUUAUGAGUUGGGCGCUUUAACCAUUCAGCCAUGGAUGCUUAGCGGGGAUCCUCGUACAUGGUGAAUAACCAAAUUCCAAUUGAAAUGAAAUCCUUAGGAUAAAUCAAUGCAAUUUAGGAGGACUCAAUGAAAGGACAUCAAUUCAAAUCCUGGAUUUUCGAAUUUAGAGAGAUCAAGAAUUCUCACUAUUUCUUAGAUUCAUGGACCCAAUUCAAUUCAGUGGGAUCUUUCAUUCACAUUUUUUUCCAUCAAGAACGUUUUAUAAAACUCUUGGACUCCCAAAUUUGGAGUAUCUUACUUUCACGCAAUUCACAGGGUUCAACAAGCAAUCGAUAUUUCACGAUCAAGGGUGUAGUACUAUUUGUAGUAGUGGUCCUUAUAUAUCGUAUUAACAAUCGAAAGAUGGUCGAAAGAAAAAAUAUCUAUUUGACAGGACUUCUUCCUAUACCUAUGAAUUUCAUUGGACCCAGAAAUGAUACAUUGGAAGACUCUUUUGGCUCUUCCAAUAUCAAUAGGUUGAUUGUUUCGCUCCUGUAUCUUCCAAAAGGAAAAAAGAUCUCUGAGAGCCUUUUCCUGGAUCCGAAAGAGAGUACUUGGGCUCUCCCAAUAACUAAAAAGUGUAUCAUGCCUGAAUCUAACUGGGGUUCGCGGUGGUGGAGGAACUGGAUCGGAAAAAAGAGGGAUUCCAGUUGUAAGAUAUCUAAUAAUGAAACCGUCGCUGGAAUUGAGAUCUCAUUCAAAGAGAAAGAUAUCAAAUAUCUGGAGUUUCUUUUUGUAUAUUAUAUUGAUGAUCCGAUCCGCAAGGCCCAUGAUUGGGAAUUGUUUGAUCGUCUUUCUCCGAGGAAGAGGCGAAACAGAAUCAACUUGAAUUCGGGACAGCUAUUCGAAAUCUUAGUGAAAGACUGGAUUGGUUAUCUCAUCUUUGCUUUUCGUGAAAAAAUACCAAUUGAAGUGGAGGGUUUCUUCAAACAACAAGUAGCUGGGUCAACUAUUCAAUCAAAUGAUAUUGAGCAUGUUUCCUAUCUCUUCUCGAGAAACAAGUGGGCUAUUUCUUUGCAAAAUUGUGCUCAAUUUCAUAUGUGGCAAUUCCGCCAAGAUCUCUUCUUUAGUUGGGGGAAGAAUCCGCACGAAUCGGAUUUUUUGAGGAAAAUAUCGAGAGAGAAUUGGAUUUGGUUAGACAAUGUGUGGUUGGUAAACAAGGAUCGGUUUUUUAGCAAGGUACGGAAUGUAUCGUCAAAUAUUCAAUAUGAUUCCACAAGAUCUAGUUUCGUUCAAGUAACGGAUUCUAGCCAAUUGAAAGGAUCUUCUGAUCAAUCCAGAGAUCAUUUCGAUUCCAUUAGUAAUGAGGAUUCGGAAUAUCACACAUUGAUCAAUCAAAGAGAGAUUCAACAACUAAAAGAAGGAUCGAUUCUUUGGGAUCCUUCCUUUCUUCAAACGGAACGAACAGAGAUAGAAUCAGACCGAUUUCCUAAAUGCCUCUCUGGAUAUUCCUCAAUGUCCCGGCUAUUCACGGAACGUGAGAAGCAGAUGAAUAAUCAUCUGCUUCCGGAAGAAAUCGAAGAAUUUCUUGGGAAUCCUACAAGAUCCAUUCGUUCUUUUUUCUCUGACAGAUGGUCAGAACUUCAUCUGGGUUCGAAUCCUAUUGAGAGGUCCACUAGAGAUCAGAAAUUGUUGAAGAAAGAACAAGAUGUUUCUUUUGUCCCUUCCAGGCGAUCGGAAAAUAAAGAAAUAGUUAAUAUAUUCAAGAUAAUUACUUAUUUACAAAAUACCGUCUCAAUUCAUCCUAUUUCAUCCGAUCCGGGAUGUGAUAUGGUUCCGAAGGAUGAACUGGAUAUGGACAGUUCCAAUAAGAUUUCAUUCUUGAACAAAAAUCCAUUUUUUGAUUUAUUUCGUGACCGGAACAGGGGGGGAUACACGUUACACCACGAUUUUGAAUCAGAAGAGAGAUUUCAAGAAAUGGCGGAUAUAUUCACUCUAUCAAUAACCGAGCCGGAUCUGUCGUAUCAUAAGGGAUUUACCUUUUCUAUUGAUUCCUGCAGAUUGGAUCAAAAACAAUUCUUGAAUGAGGUAUUCAACUCCAGGGAUGAAUCGAAAAAGAAAUAUUUAUUGGUUCUACCUCCUAUUUUUUAUGAAGAGAAUGAAUCCUUUUAUCGAAGGAUCAGAGAAAAA